CUCUGCAGAUGAGAUCACUGUAACGGGUUGAAAACGGGAAUAUACUCUAUGCAAGCAGGGACAUCAGGAGGUUUUCUUUUCAAUUUUGAGCCAGGAAAGACAUACGUGUCUGCUGAACAUUGCUUGACUGUAGCUAAGUGAGAAAUCCUUUUUUUAAACAUAUAGUUUGCAGGUUUUGAUACUCACUUUGUUACUCAAAGCUGAAACUUAGGAUUCUAAAUAUUCAAGAUGUUUUUGCUCCUCUGUGACUUUUGCACUCAAAACGAUGCCCUGGAUUGACUCACGCAGACUCACGAGAGGAGAUAUCUCCAACACUGAAAGCCAGAUAAUGUUUUCAUAAGUCAAACUAAUUAUCUUCUCCACCGGGACCAAACCUUCAGCACACUGUUGGAACGAUGCCGUACCACGAUGAGGAGUACCCGGGUCAGCCUCUGUGGCAGUCUGUGCUGCUGUUCUGCUGUAAGGGUAUGAUUGAGGGCAUCAUGAUCAUACUCUUCUUCUGGCUUCUGGUGCAGGUCCUUUUCACCAAACAACUGGAAGUUCACCUCCAAAUUCUUCUUCUGGUUGGCCUGAUAGUAUUUUGUCUGUGUUUGGUCCUGGGAUGUAUUCUGUGCUGCAGGACGAGUAGGAUUUGUGCAGUGCGAGACAAAGACCCUGUGUCAUCAGACCCUGUGACAUCAGCACCAGCUCACGCUGAACCUGUGACCUUUGCCCAGAUCCCGCCUCCCUCGGCAUCGAUGACAGCGUCCGCGCACAAAUACGGGGAACAGGAUGGCGACAUAGUGGAGUACCCCUCCACUUUCCCCAGCCCUACCCCUUCGGAGAGGGAAUUUGCCUCUCUGUCGUUUUCAAAACGAGCUAGAGCUGGUUCUGAACAGAAGGAGCAGCCAAAGUCUUAUUUCUCCCCGCGCCGCCUCAGCACACCACCGCUAAUAUCACCCCUUUAUAAACCCAUUCAUCACAGUCACACUUCCCUGCCUUCAUUUCCCAAACUGGGUCUGAUGUCCAAAACAUACAAGGCUCUGCAGAGGCGCUGCAUGGUGACGGGAGGUAAACUAUCUUACAAUGAACACAGCAGGCUCACCAGUCCCAGUUCUGUCUUUGCUUCUUCGCCUGAGGAACCAAUCCCGCUGGCUCCGUUGAGCUAUGGCUCCGGUGCCAGCUGCCAAAUGCCAGUAUCGUCAAAACCCUGCCUCCAUUUUACGAUGGCCUUCUCCCCAGAGCAGCAGACGCUGGCAGUGACUGUCCUGGACCUCACUGGGACGACCCACAGGCUGCAGGAUGCGUCUGUGCUGGGCAGUCUUCCGCCUCUGUACCCCUGUCCCGUACAGGCCUCCACCCAAAGUCCUGAGAGCCGCAGCCUGGUGCUGCUACUGAGGGUGAGCUCCGUGAUGGAGCUCCAGAAGUGUGAUCUGAGAAUAGAAGUAUACACCCGGGAAGCUCCAACCGCGCUGGGAGAACUGGAGGUGGAAUGCGGAGGAAGAGACUGGAGAGCCGAGCAUCCAUUUCAUCUGGCGAAAGAGCUAAACAUAAACAAGUGGAAGCUAAAAAAGGGAUCGGGGUAUUAAAUAACAUAGGUUAGCAAGUGUUGACCUUCAUUUUAAGAUUGGUGGUAUGGAAAUGAAUGUUGCAAGGCCUACUUUGAUAUUGUUUGCCUGUAUUUCUGUUUCUGAGUGUUGGACAUGUGAUCUCUGUGGUCAGUGCAAUUAAACUUUUCGGUUUUCCCCCUU